UUGGCCGGGCUGUAUUUGCAAUCUGGACCCCCUGCAUUCCCCUUGGCAACACUUGGAUGGCGUGAGUCUUUAUCCCUCGUUGUGAAGAUCAUCAUCGUGAUUCGGUUUUCUGAGCCGGAUAAGUUGUGUCCGAGUCGCCCUCCUCGUAAGUGACCCCCCCGGCCCCCAUACACGCCCCUCGUCACGAUAAUGUCGACGGAAGUGAGCAUGGACUUGGCUCUGAGCCCGGAGAAGAAAUUGGCCGACAAAGCGGCCAAGGUGAUGGUGGUGGAAGAUGGUUUGGACGUGGACACCAAGGACAAGAAGCUGGAGGAUCUGACCAGCGAGGAGAUGACCUCCAAGGAUUACUACUUUGACUCGUACGCCCAUUUCGGGAUCCACGAAGAGAUGCUCAAAGAUGAGGUCCGAACUCUGACUUAUCGCAAUUCCAUGUGGCACAACAAACAUUUGUUCAAGAACAAGAUCGUUUUGGAUGUGGGUUGCGGCACGGGCAUUUUGUCGAUGUUCGCGGCCAAGGCGGGUGCGGCUCAUGUCUACGGCGUGGAUAUGUCCGGCAUUGUGGAGAGUGCCAAAACCAUCGUGUCGACCAACGGUUUGGCCGAUAAGGUGACCAUCAUCCGGGGCAAGGUCGAGGACAUCACCUUGCCCGUCGAGAAGGUCGACAUCAUCAUCAGCGAGUGGAUGGGCUACUGCCUGUUCUACGAGUCCAUGCUCGACACCGUUUUGUACGCCAGAGAUAAAUGGCUGGCCCCCACCGGGUUGAUGUUCCCUGAUCGUGCCACUUUGUACGUGACGGCCAUCGAGGAUCGUCAGUACAAGGACGACAAGAUCAAUUGGUGGGACGACGUGUACGGGUUCGACAUGUCGUGCAUCAAGUCCGUGGCCUUGCAGGAGCCGUUGGUCGACGUGGUGGAUCGCAACCAGGUCGUGUCCAACUCGUGCCUCCUCAAAGAAAUCGACAUUCAGACAUGCACCAAGGACGACAUACCUUUCAACUCGCCCUUCAAUCUCAUCUUGAAACGCAAUGACUACGUCCAGGCAUUGGUCACCUUCUUCAAUAUCGAAUUCACGAAAUGUCACAAACGCGUGGGUUUCUCUACUGCGCCGGAGGCUCCCUACACUCACUGGAAACAGACCGUGUUUUACUUGCAAGACUACAUCACGUGCAAGAAGGGCGACGAGGUGUUCGGCAAUUUCCGCAUGAAGCCUAAUGAUCGCAAUAAGCGCGAUCUCGACUUUGAGAUCGACAUCGACUUCCGUGGCGAGCUUUGCGAAGUCAAGGAAAAGAACGUUUAUCGCAUGAGAUAAGGCACCUCCAAGAAGCCCCGCUCAACCUUGUUUUGACCCUACCCCCCCAGCCCCACCUCUCACACAACAAGGAGGCAACUUUUCUCAGCAUCUUCUUAGAUCAUGCCACCGCUUUCUUUUCGCCCGCUAAAAUGCCAAAAGCCGUUGUCGCUGACGGAAACAAAUUCAUUAAUAUCUCAGAAUAUGGUCAGGCUAAUCAUGAUCUUCCCACGCUUUAAGUACGUGCUUUUUUCUGAUCACUGAAGAAUCCUCUUAUUUCCCAUCGUGAAAAGAGUAAUCAUCCCACACACCCAUUUACCCCAGCCUUGAUUACCAAAAUAUCCCCCCUUCGCCCCCUCUUCCUUCACUCCGCCCCAAGUCAGUAUUUUUUGGUGAAGAAAUCUCUUGAAACACGAUAUUGGUUCCUCAAUUGGUAAUUUUCGACAAUAAAUGUAGCCCAAUGUGUUUGAUGGAUGUACCCUCUAAAGCCAUCAAUUAUUAUUGUCAUGGAUGAGUCACUAUGACCCAAAUACAUUUCUCUUCACAUCCAUUAGAAAAA